CAUUAGUCCAGCUGAUCAAAGAGCGAUGUUUUUAUAAAAACAACGUUUUGACAAGUAUUGACUUAUGCUUAGACGUUACAUCUCUCUCAUUAAGUCUGUUACGUCGUCGAUUUCCAACGUCCGACAUUGUAUCGCCUCUAUGUCAUCGCAAGGACUCGUAUUAACAGGUACCAGCGAUGAAGAGCUGGAAUGCUGCAAGAAGACACAGAACGGUGCUGGUCUCUGCUCUUGUAACGAGGUGUCUAUCAAAAGAACGAUAUCCUCUCAUACAAAGGUGUCUGAAGAAUCACAAGACCACAAAGCAAGAGAAGAAUUACAAUGGAAUAAGUUAUCUGAAAAUGAGAAGAAUAUAUAUUUUGCGCAUAAAACUGCAUGCUUGGUAAGCAGUGGUAAGCCACUACUGAUAAGUGGGCAUUGACUCUUUUAUGUGGCUUGAAAGAGUGUCCCACUCUUAAACACGUGUCUUAAAUGACACAUAUUAAGAAUAGGUAAUUUAAGAGUGAUUACGAUGUCAUUGCUGUAACCAUGGCAAAGGUACAUCUUGGUGAACACAGAAUAUCAGUAUGAGACACUGAACAUAUUUUGAGAUAAACAGGAAUGUCUCAUGCACAUUUUUUUCUAGAUUUCGUAAUUCAAUGCAAUAUUUUUAUUUAUAGUGAAAUACAUGCAUUAUACUAUUCGAUAUUUAUUUUGAUUUAAGCAUAAGACAGUUUACGAGUGCAUCGUGUAUGAGCUGGAUGAGUGCCAUUUGUGUGCACAUGCAAAUGGCAACAUUUGGUUUGGUACGAAUGAGAAUAGUCUCCUUUGCAACCGUUUUUAGGUUUGUCACGCAACACUCCUCCCUGUGCAAUGCUCCUUCCCGUUGGGAGAGGCAUUGUGUGACGACCCUAAAAAGGCUGUGAAGGAGACUAUGAUGAGAAGGAUUUGUCUUGAAAUCAAGAAAUUUGUUCAUAUUAUGCUCACUAAACAUCCAAGACUGUUGUAAGAGUGAGUGAGGGAGUAAUAAGAGUGGAAAAGGUGGAUGAAAAUAAUAUACUUUUCUCUUUAUCAAUGAUUGAAGUCCUAGAUCCCACAAGAGUGCUCCCAAUACUUGUUCUUUCUGUUUGUUGUGCAGCAUGAUAUGGUGUUCUGGAACACCCUUUCAGCUUUUUUCAAAACCAGCAGGCUCAAAAGGUUGUCUUCGGCUCUAGGUGCCUCUGUCCAUCUCAGUAAAAACUGGACCACAGAUAUUAACCAUUACAGGACAUGCCAAUUCAUGUUAUGCAGGGAAGGUUAACUUUACAGGAGUAGACAAACUCAUUUGCUGCAUGAAUCAAGUGGAACUUUAAUAGCAGAGCUUUGACAGUUUUACUGUUUUUUAAUUUUACAAAGUGAAAUUUAGAAAUCUUUAUUGGAAGACCCAGUUGUCACUAGCAAUAUUUUUCACAACUUAACUUUUUUCAAUUUUUUUUGUUGCAGAAGGGGGAAAAUACUUAUACUGAUCCUGUUACCGGAUACAUGGUCUUCACAGAAGAAUUUCUUAGAAAACGCAGGGCUUGCUGUGGAAAUGGCUGUCGGCAUGUGAGUUGCUACUAUCUUAGAAUAGUCUUAUGUUUUGGUUUUCUUUCAGGAAAAUAAAAUUGAUCAGAAAAACUAGUAGGAUCAUAAACGUUUCUUCUAACCUUUAGUCCUCUUAGUAAAAGUAGAACCAUAGCACUAUAUAUUGACCUGCAAAACCAGUAGUUUCUGUGCUAGCCCAUCUUUAUUACAUUUUUCUAGGCUGAGAGAGAAUGGAACUGUCCCUGCCCAAGAUGAUAAUUUUUUAUUUGGCUUUUUAAUUUUUUUUCUUUCUCUUUACAGUGCCCAUAUGGUCAAGAAAAUGUACCAGGACAAAGUAAAAAGAAGUUCAACACUGCAUUUUAUGUGUGAAACAAAUUUUUUUUAGGGUAUUUAAAAAUGUCAGGCUUGACCAAAUAAUUCUGUGAGUAAUACACAAAGUGUGCAAAUUAUACCACUGUGAAGGAGGGAAUGGUUAAAAAAGGAUGUUUCACCAAGUGAUUGGAUACUAAUUAAAAUGUAAUUGAAUAAGACCGUGAACUGGUCAUUCCACAACUCACAAGAAGUAUAUUAAAAUAGAUCAAUCACUUAAAAGCUCUUUUUGUUGUUGUUGUUUAUAUACUGUGUCUGGAAUAUCAUGUACGAGCUACUUCAAUGCAUCAUAGGCUAUUAAUGAAACAUUCUACAAUCACAUUUUUGUGGCACGUUCACCCGCCACAUCAAUGAUUUUUUAUUGGCAGUUUCUGUCUAUUAAUACAAAGUCUAAGAAGUUGAUUCCUUUUGAAAAUUGAGUUAUCUUCUCAACCCUUGCACUGACUCCCAGAGUUAAUGGUGGAAGUUCCAACUUCUCCAUCUGUGGACAGUAUCCUACCCCAAAGUACCUCUAAGAGUUUUUGCUGCCUAGUGCGGUCAUUAUUAGCCUGCAGAACAGACAUAAUAAUUGUUCGCUCGUGUUUUUCAGGUGAGCAAAAGGAGGAGCUGAGUGACGGGCUUGAGACAAACGCCACAGGGGAAGGCCCUUCGCUUGCCUCGUGCUUGCCUUUUUGGAACAAAUACCGUAAACUGCCGCUUAUAAGCCCUGGGCUUACACAAGUUCGUAAGGGGUUUUGGGUGGGCUUAUAAACGGGGGGGGCUUAUAUCCGGAUGGGCUUAUAUAAGCGGACGAAAAAAACGUUUCGGAAUGAGCAACAGCGCUGUUGAUCGACGUAUGAUUUAAAUUUAUUACUCUUACAAUUUAUUGAAGCCUUAAAAAGGCAGCAAUAAACCGAAUUCAGUUAAAUUUCAAAACAAAAACAAAAACCGGAGGGGGGCUUAUAUCCGGAUGGACUUAUAAUCGGAUGUAUUUUUUUGUUUGCAUGUAGGUGGGCCUAUAACCGGAGGGGGGGCUUAUAAGCGGCAGUUUACGGUAGCGCCUAUUCUUAAGGCUAGGUCAUGAUUUUGGAACUACUGACAUAGGACAGGCUAUCCAUAUUGUAAGUGUUUCCAAGGGUGGGGUGCAACAUCCGAUAUGCUUGAGGCCAGUGUACUGAGUCACAGACCGCGUAGCAGGGUUGAGAGUGGGGGUCUAAUUUGGGAUCCGGGGGUAUGCUCCCCCAGAAAGAAAGUUGACAUUUGAGGGGGCCCGACAUGGCUAAAAAUGCAUCUAUACUAAUACAGUCGUACCUCCCGAAAUGCAAAGACUGACGGCUCUCUUCCGAGAAGAGGCCCAGAUACAUAUACUUUAUGGAAGAUAUUUAUUGCAUGCAAUGUCUAAGUCACGCCCGUGUGUAGUCCCAUGUUGUCUCUAAAGUUCUUCGCAUAUUCCGUAGUGCGCUAAAUCAUGUCAACGGUGGUGAAAAAGCUUCCAACUUUAUCGCUGAAUCCUGCCUUGUUCGACGUCGUCGAGCGAUUCGUUUAAGUUAGUACAUAGCGCUGUUUAAUUUUGCAAAAGACGUUUUCUAAACAUUCUUUCCCUUUUUCAGUCCUUGCCAGGGUCUUGCCAGUCCGUCGUCUACGUCGUCAGAUCCUUCAUUCAUGUUUCUGUUCUUUGUACUUGCUGUAAAUCAUAACUGUACUACUUAAGAUUUGCUGACAAUAAGCAGCGCUUAUACAAGAUGGCAAGAAGAGCAGUAUUUGAUUUAUUCCGUAACAAAGCCAUAUCUCCGAGUCUAACAAAACUAAACAUUUGGAGAAACAUCGGUCUAAAAGAAAGUAGGCCAUUUCCGAGUUGCUCCAAUCCUCUGUUUCAAAGCGAGGCUUAGUGUCACGCUAUUGAUGUUUAUUCUUAAGCAAAUAAAUCAUAUCUUAUCUUCGCAAGAAAGGUUUUGCACUCAUCCCAGUUUUGUAAGUGAGAGUUUUGGGAACUCAAAGAUGGCUAUUUAAUUUUGCUUGGAUAGAAACAGAAGAUGUGUAGAAAGAUGAAAUAAUGACUGUAUUAAUUUCAUUACGCCAUUAUUUUACGGUCGAGAAUCUAUUUCAGGACGACUUCUAAGUGACGCCGUAAAGGAAAGUAUGUUGCAAAGGAUGGAACUGAAGGGAUCUUACUUUUCCCACCCUCCGCGGUCCCUUUCUUCUUAACGUUGAUGAUGAUUUUUUUGUGGGCAAAAACUGACAGAAAAUAUACACGAUUUUUUUUAUAAAAUAAAACGAUUUUUUUGGGGGGGGGGAGGGGGGGGAGGAGAUCACGAAAAUUAUCAAGAGCUAUGAGGAGGGAUGACUCGGUAAAAUAAUAUUUGAAUGGGGGAUCAGCCAUAUGUUAUCGUGCUAGGCCUAAAUUCCUCCAUACCCCCCCCCCCUGCUCCCCAGGAAACAAAACUGAAUGUAAGGCUGGCACUACGGCAAUUAAUUUAGGGCAGUGUUUAGGGCUGAUUUAUUAUAGGUUCCCUUAUAUGUCUGAUAAUGAGUUUGAAAGAAAGGGAGAUAAAAUUUAAACCAAGGAUACAUUUGACCCACAACGUAUACACUGCGCAUCACUAGUAUGAAAUGAGCUCAAUUGUAAAUUGUAUUAUAAAGCAAGUUCAUGCUAAGAAGUAAUUAACUUUACAAAUCUCUUUCUGGAAUCACUGCAAGUUUUAGAAGAAAGUGAGUGGAAUAAACCAGGAAUCCUCGCCGGAAUAAAAAACAUUUUUUUGGAUUCCUGAUUUAAAAAUCGCUUUUCAUUCUAGUACUUUCAAGAGAUUCACAAGGAUUUGUUAAGUUUCUCAGCACUCACAAUUUGCCACAAUUUAAUUUACACUGCUUCCUCUGCGAGAAACAUUACAUUUGUCUCUAUGUAACUAAAUUUCUUUAAGAUACUCAGUACUCAGUAGUCGCGAAGGGAUGAAUUCCUCAAUACCUUAUAAACAUCCAUGCCAGAGAAGUACAUUGAAAAUGUGGCGAUAUUUGCUUUUCUCUUAUAAAAGUUCUCGUAAAUCUAAACCGCUUUUUUUUAUUGGCGUGUUAUCUAGUCCCAAUGCAACUUAAUUUCAUAUGCACCUUGAUUUCUUGUUAAGUCCGGUUAAGUGUUAAGGAUUUGUAUCAAAGUGUUAAAUGAAGAAUGAAAACAACGUUCCUUUAAUUAAAUUUUCAGUGUUCUGAUUUAGCGUCCUUAAAAUAUUGUUAAAUCUUGCAAGCUUCUCAUGUGAAGUAUAAACUAUUUAACCCGAACCUUGAACAGUGAAUAUUUAACAAACCAGAAGGCAAAGGACAAUUUCUUCUAAUCUGUUGUAUCAAACACCGAUCAAAAAUCUUUCAAGUUAUUUUUCAGUUUUUCUGAAUGUAAUCUCAGUGUUCCAUGUUUGUUUUGACCAUACUAAAGCUCGUCAAUACUUUUUUAACAAUUCAUCAACCCUACAAAAAUUCGAUUUGGUAAAUUAAAACACGAGAAAAAAUAAUAACAUUACAUAAAUUAUUCAAUACGAAAACCUCUUGAUAAUAACAUGGUUUCUUGGAUAAUCAGGCUAAUUUUGUAACAUCGCUUUGAUAAUAUGAAUUUUGAAUUAGCCCUCCGUCUAAACUGUCUAAAACGUUCAUAUGGCAAAAAAAGAAAAGAACUUUGCUAUAUGCGAAACAUUUGCGAAGAAAGUUUCUACCGAUUUAAUCUCUUUAUGGCUCUAAUACUGUUUGGUUUCUUGCAAUUCAAGCGACUGGAACAGCUGGUAAUGUAAAGAGCUGCUUUUCACAAUGACGUUUUUUAGUCUUAGUACUCGGAAAUGAAACGAAAUGUUUUCUUUAUCAUUUUUGACUUGAUUAUUAAUUUUUUAUUACUUUCUGCGAAACGUAAACAAAAUCGGUUCAAGGGGAACAUCAUAUUUCUGGUAUCAUUUUCUUUGUGGCGUUAAACAAUUUCAGUUCAAGAAACUACGAAAUCUACCGCAACAUUUAAUACAUAACAAAACCUGCAUUCUCGUUUGUCGACUUCUAUAUAUGCGGUAAUGUAUAUGCUGUCAGUAUUAAAUCUCAUAUUUGUUUACGAGACAAAUGCAGGUGGAAAUAUGUGUUUUCUAUUUCCACUGUUGAGAAAUUUAUCCCAACUUGGCACGUCGAGAGAAGCUAAUUAAGAGCGUAUAAUUUAUUAAUUAACGGGGAAGCUAAUUUUUUUUCGGGAUUUACUUCAUAGCAAUGACACGGUUUUGACAGCUCAUUCAUAAAUUUUCAGUACGUAGUUUUUACUCCUGCCUCGAUUUUGCCGCCCAAAAAAAAACACCUUAUAAGAUUGUUAUUUUCUUUUUUUCUUUUUCUCUUUUUCUAGAGGGACACUUUCCGUAGUUCUUACAGAAUAGACAAAGUGAUAUUCUUGACUUGAGUAGACCAAAUGAUGGUUUUGCGAACUAUAUGUUUACUUUUAAUUACAAGAGGAAUGACAAAGCAAAAGUAACUGAAAACCCGAAACUUUCUUUCAAUUCUAAACGAAAUCUUGUCACACUUCGAUAUAUUGCGGUAAACCCAUUUAGUGCCCUUGGAGUUUUUCUUAUCCAUCGGGAACCCAUGAUAGUGUUAUUUUUUCAGAAGCUGGCACGUGCCGCCACGCGACACCCUUAGGGUAAGCAGGGAAGCGCAACAAAGAAAUCGAAGCUUUUGUUUAAACACCUUGCAAAUCACAAGAAAAAAUACGUAAGGCUUAUAUCAUUUUAGAGUUAAUACGAAGAGCCAGCCCACCAGAGCAAAUGUAUUAAUCGGGUUAAUUAUCUCCUUCAUACCGAGUGAUUAAAGAUCAAGUCAAGUCGUAGAUUCCGCUGAGUGUAUGGAGCGGCUAAGAAAUUAAGAAUGUUUCUCAGACAAUAAGUUGUGUCAAUAUAGGUCCCAACAAUGCGUCAUUUGUAGUUCAAUUCGGUAUCAUUGUUGUUAUCUUUCCAAUCACUUAACCGGCUAUGCACCAAAAGAAACAUGCAAGAAAGACAGCGUGCUGACGCCGUAAGGGACCGAAGACGCCCCCAACCGAAGUGCAAUGGUUAAAUUUUAAGAAUAAAUAUGAGUCACAGUGAAUUAUUGCGGUUAGAUGUUUGCUUUUGCGUCUACCAAUUUGAAAGGUUUGAUCUGUCAGAGGUACACUUUAAUAAUCUCAAAAACAAAAACGCAUGCGCUCUGAGAUUACUUCGUACUUUUGUGAAGUGCUUGUCAGGGUGUUACUUUCCAUUUCACACAUAAUUAUUCAAACAAAAUGUAUUAAAAAAAGUUUUUUGUAUUGUAUUGAUCGAGAUAAGGAAACUUCAGGAAUCUUUGUUUCAAACAACCACAUUCAAUAGACUCCAUUUAAUUCUGCUCUUUGGAGCAAGAUCUUGUUGGGUGGCUCUUAGCUCUUAAUGACAAUGGCCCGUUUAAGAGAACUUAACCUUGUAAGAGGGGCUCCUAUUCUCUUUCAACAAACGAAUAAGAUGCAUUGUGCUGGGAUUUGAAUUUGAAUAGAGUAAGUUCUCUCGAUCGGAAGCAACAAUGACAUAUGUUUGAUGGGACACGUGUGAGCUUAUUUUGUUUUGGAUUGCGAGUCAAGUACACUUGUAACUCGAAGAACAAUUUCCUUAUCAGACUGCAAUUUGCUCUCCGCAAAAAUCGGAAACAGGGUGAAUGUUCCGCGGAUCUUCUUAGUUUUUAAAGCGUUGCUGACGGAAAUGGGCACAGCACUCCGGACCAGAGGUUCAGUUUCACCUGUUCCAGUGACUAAAACAUAUGGAAAUUACUAUGCAAUAUUUAAAUAAAGACUCUGUUUCAGGAGGGUUCCACUCCUAAAAAUACACAGCUGCAACCAUCGCAAGAUAUUUAGCUUUAGGUGCGGGCAAGUAUUCAACGCAACGAGCUAAGCUACGUAGACGUCAUUCCUCAUCAACUUGAAUUAUCUGUAGUUUCACCAGUGCACAUGUUUCAAGAUACUUUUCAGGUAACUUAAAAGUGUCGUUGUUUUAACUUAUAGCUUGGAAUAACUUCGAUUGCUUUUAAGAAAUGCUCAAAUCUUGGAAAAUAGAGUUUGUCAAACACUAUGAACGCAAAUGAAAUACUUUGUAUAUUUUGAUUUAUUUUAUUUUUAAUGUAUAUUUAAGUAUGCACAGCGAUUUCCUCCACUCGAUUUUUCGCAUACUUAGACCUAGUCAAAAGAAUCCUUUUAAAGAUCUAAUCGAAUUUAAUUCAAAGAUCAAAUGUUCUUUAGCUUUUCUAAGAUCUUCCGCCGUUCCCUAAACCAAUGUGUUAAUCAACAAACGUCUGAAAGCGUCUGUGAGCUUAAAAUACGCCACAAAAUCCUAUUGAAAAUAAACUUUAAUUCAGUCCGGCGUUUACUGGGUAUUAACUCGCGCAGUUGCUGUGUGCAUGUUCUUUAUAGAUAGGAAUCCGGUAAAGAGGGAAUUAUCACUCUUUCCGUAGCUCGAUAAGAAAAAAUGAGACAUUUUGCGCGCAUUUGACCGAACUCCACCUGCAUCCUAUUUUUCAUUUCGGAAGUAUAACAACUAAAUCGAAACAUGUAUACAAUGUUUAGUGCAAAGUGUUUGGCUGCAGUAAUUUUGCAUGGAGCAGUUAAACAGACUUAAACAGUGUUCUUCUAACUACUUAAUUACAACCAGCGCUUUGUGUUUUAAGAUUCGAUUAUUUGAAACCAAAUCGUACUUUAUUUUUUUCUUAUCUAUUAGCGGUAUGGGAUAUCUUAAAACAUAAACAUAAAAGGAUGUUUAACGAAUAAUUUAAAAUUCCUUUCAGUUAGUUGUUUUUUGCUUUAAACGAUUUCUGAUUCAUUUAAAAGCUAAGAGUUAUAUUAACCAAGUGUAUAUCUGUUUUCUGAAAGACUAAGAUGCAGCAAGAAUCUUCUUUUAGUUUUGAAAAAUUAGCAGAAGUAUUAUUUUAGUAUUUAUCAAAUGUAGAAUCGAUCGUCGUGCCAGUGGGCAUUGUCAAUGAAUAGCCGUUUCUUCUCCGUUUUCAUCUCACUUUCUAACGUCUUAUGUUAAAAAUUUUCCACCUCUUUCAUCCACGGCUUAAAAAGCUCUUAGAUCCGUGAAAAGUUGAAAUUAUUAAGAUUAAAAGCAGACGGCAAGCAAGUAUUUCUAAAAGAACUAACUUUCUUUUCUACGAUUUUGUUGCGUCUGCCUUGAACGGUGUUAGAAUUUGCCAACCAUACGCUUUUUCAUUCGCUAAUUUCGCUCACCUAGCUUACGACGACCAUUCAUAAACUAAUUUUUUGAUUCAUCUUCAAUAUGCUUAGAUCUUUCACUAACACACAAAAUUUUAAAGUAGUUUAAUAUUUCGGGAGACUGAAAAAUGCGUUAGGAACAGGUAGACAAGGAAAGAGAGAAGAUUUUAAAUUUACAAAUGCCUUUGGUAAUACUUGACAGAUAAAUUCUGGAUGUUUAUAUAAUCAGAAAUCCCAUUUGACAAGGCAAUAAGUUGAAACUGAUUACGAGUCUUUCAUUUGUCUCAAAUUUUUCAAUGUCAGCUUGCUGUCAGUCUCGUUUGCUAGUCUCAUUUUUGUAUCUUUUAGCUUAUUUACUUUUCCUUCGGAGUAUCUGUAUAGAGACAUAUUUUCGAAACUGUAUGGGAUGAGAAAAAGUGUAAGCAUUUAAUUUAAAAAAACACCUUAAAUUCGUUUUGGACCGACAAAUAUUUCUCGCAUUUGUAACAAUAAAUCCAUGAUACAUAACUUUUAUAGUACGGACUCAGUGAAAUUCUUAACUUCUUUAACCCAACUUAAAGCAGAAUUGCUGGUAGAUUGCUUCAAGACUAUUAACCAUUCAUGAAGUGAAUUAUGCACAUUUAUGUUUUCAGUUAAAACGUCCUAAAGGUAUUUCAAGUGAAACGAUUUUCUAUCGCUAAACCUGGUCCAUUGGCACACGAAUUUGGUAACAGGUGAAAUGCAUGUAAUCGAUUUCAAAAAACUUGUCAAUUAUAUCAAAAGAUAAACAGUUUGGUUCGAUUUUACACAUGUCAAAUUUUCUUUAUAUUACUUUGUCUUUUUAAGACUCAUUGUUUAGCCUUUCAAGGCUGUUAGCAUAGAAUCAAAAGGUCCUUUGAGCCCUAUUGUUGUAACCAAGUUAAGAAAACAUCAUCAAAUAUUCGCCGCACAAUAGUUUGGUCAAUAUUGGGAGCCGACACCCCGAGAACAAGAAUCACAACUCAUUUGUGCUUCCAUCUGACAAGUUAUUCACGCCUACAAUAUUCUCAUUUUCUCCACUUCGAAUUUUAUGAGAGUUAUUAAAAGUAAACAGAUGUGAAAAGCGGAAAUAUAAGUAACAAUGAUGUAUCGAACGCGGAACCCCACUCUAAUGUUUACUCGAAAACGUCAAUCAUAACCUGACAACGUAACCUGAUUGGUGGAAAGAAAUAUGAAACCUACCUCCGCGCGCAUUGUCGUGUUAAGAAACCAGUCGUUUCCAUUUAUCCUACCCUACUUGCUGAGCGGCGCACGAGCCGGUAUUCACUUUACUUAAGUUAAACCAUGUAACGGAUUUCUUCGCAGCGUGAGGUAGACUCGGGCGCGAGGUAGACACACACACACACGACACCUGUGUUUUAGAAGUUUGUUAGAGCGAACAACACACAGAGUUAUCUUCAAAUCAAAAAUUGUGUCGACCAGUUUGUGCACCACUGAGGUAUCGCCUGGAACACGAAAGGUAAAAUUAAGGCUCCAGCCGAGUAUUUUACUUUUAUGCGCAGUGGUUGGAAGCUCUGAUAAUAUAACUUUUUCAGAAUCCCUCCAGCGCGCAAGUAUUCAAAGUCCAUUAAUGCAUUAUUGUUGAUGAUUAUGUGGUCUAUGUGAGUGGAAAAUUAUUGAACCGCCCAGGAAGCGAAAAGAAAGGCCUCGUUUGGUUCGUAUGUAUUGUGCAUGAACGCCUUUCAACUCAGUAAAUGUCUAUGGAAACGACAGGGAAGCUGUGAACCAUAUGAGAACUAUUAGAGAAUCGUGGAUAAUGAGAAUUCUGAGGGUUAUAAACUAAGGAGGCCUCAGCUAGCUUCUCCCACUUUUCUAAAAUGUUUCGGGGUAAAAGACGGUUUGUCUAUUGAAAUGUUAUACAGUUUUUGUAUUUGUGUUGUAUUUGAAAUUAACAGAAAGUAUGCUAAUACUUGUUAAUUUAGUACAAUGCACCAUGAUACAAAUAAUCAGAAAUGGUUACCGUACCCCAUCGUGAUUAAUCAAGUUUAUAUGUGGACUUCUUACUGAUGGUUUAAAAACCAAUAAUUACGGUAACUAAAAUGUUUGAAUAACAUCUCAAAUUUUCCAUAAGAAUGAAUUUUUUGGGGCACGAUUUUUUUCAGCAAGGCCUGUUGUUUUUAAAUGGAUUACCGUUUAAAAUAUUUAUGUUUAUCAAAGAGGGGGGGCCUACAUGAAAAAAAAUAAAAAUGUUAGAACAAUUUCCAAUAAUUCAUGAUUUUUUUCCAAAUGCUAACCCUCUAAAGUCGAUGAUUCCCACUGUGCUUGGCUUAACUUUCUCAAAGUGUCGCCGAGUGUCGGGUCCUUAAAGAAUGUGAAACCACUGCAGUUUAUAGCGUUACAUUUAUGAUGCGUUUAGGCGUUCAAACCGCGCGAUAACAACUCUUUCCCAAUGAAGACCUAUACGGCUCGUCUUUAAAAUCAUGAAGUUUUUCUCUCUUGUUUUCAGAGUAUGCCGACGGCGGACCAACUAACUCUCGACGAAAAGCCAUCUUUUUGCGCCGGUUGUGGAGCGAGAAUCGUGGACCGGUUUUACCUGAUGGCUGUCGACCAAGAGUGGCAUGCCGAGUGUUUAAAAUGCAACGAGUGUAGUUUAAGACUCGACAACGAGCUGACAUGCUUCACUAAGGAUGGAGAAAUAUUGUGCAGAGAGGAUUAUUACAGGUCAGGAAAUUCAAAGCUUUGAGACCAGAGCGCCUCGUGUGUGCUUUAGUUUAGAACUUAUUCACUUCGAGAUUUUUGAACAAAAGUACAAAUACCAAUUCGAUUUGAAAGACGAAGUGAUGAAGUGAUGCAAUGUAAUAUCACUGUAGGUCAGGUGGAACAACUAAAUUCAGAUAGCACGUUUAUCCUGUGUUAUUCACCAAAUCCAGACCCGCGAACAAGGAAAUAAGCUUUUACAAUUUUGCGAUAACACUCAAACUUUCACUUAUCUUGCUUAAUCUAACCUAGAUACCGGACCGGCCUUAUGUGUGUGCUGCAGCCGUUCGUUGUAAAAAUAGGAUUUAGUCAUGCACAUAACAGAGUCACUUUGAGUUUGAACCCAACUGUUACAAAAGAGACGGUGUAUGAAAAUGAGGCCGUCCGUUUAAUGACAGUCUGGCCGAGAACGUCAAAAGUAGCUCCCGUUUUUAUUACGAUUUUGAGGAAAGUGACGAAUAAGCUAUUUGUCGCUUCCCUUAAACUUUUUAUUGUACCUUAACCAUAAACUUCCAAUACUGAUUAAAGAUGAUUAGAAACUUUAGUUGUUAAAUUUUUAAAAUUGUACAUAAUUAUUUUGUUUUGUCUGGGAAUUGCUUGAUAGUUUCGCUAAAGACGAACGGACCGAGCUAUUCAAGGAUUUUUUCAAUCUAGGCCAGUUUAUCUCUUCGUUUACCGCAAAAGAUAAACAGUCCUCCAAAAACUUGAUUCUUAAUUAACCUUCGAAAAUGUCAUUGGCCUUUAAGGCGCAAGAUUAUCUCACAAAUGAUAUACGCUCUUGAAUCCCAUGGUAUAGAGAGCGCUGUUUUAUAUUACAAUAGGCACCCCACUUUGCGUCUAUAUAUCAUAGAUCAUUGAUGGCCAUUCCUCUCGGUCCAAAUUAUGAUAUUUAUCUAAUCGCCCAUUAUGAAGUUUUGUUUCUGGCGCCAAUAUGCCUGGAAAUCAAGAAAAAUAAUUCAAUAUUUGCCAAAUCAUACUACAAUAAGACAUUUUUAUUUCUCUUUGAAGUGUCUAUGGCCAGAAAAGACUCACUAGAAGUUAUACUACAUGAAAUAUAUAUAUUGAAAUAUGAGAGAGAUGUUCAGGAAGUUACUUUUGAUUCGUAUUGGCACUGUUGCGAGAAAAGACGAAAAUCUGACUCUACGACAAGAUAUCGAGCUCUUGGCACCUCAGAAUGCCUUGACUAAUUCUGAGCUGCGCAGAAAAUUCGGUCGGGACUAGGCCAUUCACUAGUUCAAAUGUAGAGUACCGGAGUAGUCCCAAGUUUUCCUUUGGGAUAGACGAGAUAGCAGUGUUUUGUGGGGUUAAACUUCAAAAUAUGUUUCAGUUGUACGUAAGUGUCUUUCGCGUUAAUUUAUUGCGUACCUGACGAUUCACUUAAUCAUUGUCAUGCAUAUUCCUUGACCUUUUUAUCAUUUUUGAUGAACCGAUUGUUCUUAACCUCUAUACAGCAUUGUUUGGUAAUGAAAAGAAAAUUGAAUAAGUACUGUUGAGAGUAUUUUCAAGCCUUUAACAUCUCUCUAUCUUAUCCAAAAAAUUUGCAUGUCUUUCAAAUAAAGCAUUACUUUUUUCAUCAGACUGCUAUAAAGAAGGCGUUUACAUCCUGAAGUGCCAACUGCGUUCAUUCAAUUCUUUUUAGCGCUUUCCUGUUUCUAAGGAAAUGCAGCGUUUUGGUAUUUUAAUGUAAAAAUGCGAAAUGUUGGUUUUGUUGUCAAAAACAAUAAGCACUUUCAAAUCAGCUUUACCCAUCAUCUGGUGUUAAAAGUAAAUUUUGUUCAUUUGUUAUUGUUUUGGUCGUGCAUGCUUCUUUCAAUGUCGGGGGAUUUCUGAAUUUGAACUAGAUUUUACUCAACCAAUUUCCGUAUGUUUUCUUGUUUUGUUCUCAGUUGUCAGGUCUAGUGAUCAUGAUGUACCGUUUUACUUUAUCACAAUAAGAGCAAAAGUUAAAAAAAGGAAAUAGAUCCUGCAUAUUGGAUUUAUUCCUUUUUUAAAUUUAUUUACUGACUUGAGAACUUUCCUUUUAAAUUUUACAUUGCUGAAAUAGGAAAAUACACUGAAAAUAGGAUCUUUUUAACCAAAACUUAAGAAUAGAAACUAUGGAAAGAACACCUAGGAUCUAGAUCAGUAAAGUUAUUAGUUACGGACUGAAAAACUUUUCUUUGAAGUUUAAAUUGUUGAAAUAGGAAAACAGGAUCUUUUUUUUACCAAAAGAUUGCAGUCUAAAAGGCAGUCCAAAAAGUUGUUGAUCUGUUUAAGCUGAACUCAUCAGUGUAAAAAACAAAGAGUAAACAGCCUUGAGUAUUCAACUACAUCCAGAGUUAUUAAAUGAUACAAAAUAGACCUAACAGACUUCCGCUUUGCGAUGACUGGAUCAUCCAAUAAGAUAAAUUAGAUGGGCAUUUAGAAUCGUUUGUUAAAAUCACUUAUUUGACCCAACGCUUGAACAAAACACGGGAGAAACUCACUGUAGAUAUAAUUCAAUUCAUUCAAACUGGAAAUCAGUAAAUAAGAUAGGUUGUUGCUAAGGUCAGUUUCGGAGUGAUAUUUUGCCUCUUUUUCUCGAUUAUUAUUGAAAAAUUUGUGAUGCAACAUAUUUUAUGAAGAUUAUAGGAGAAAGUGUCUGAAAUAUUUAUCCAGUUUGGGAACUCUGAACUAUUAGGGGUCCACUCUGGAGACGGUCAGUUCUGAUCUGCGUUUAUCGUUUAUUUUACAUCCAUCGUUCACACCUAGACGAACGUUAGAAAGGUUUCAUGCGUUUUCAAGACUCGUGUGAACUUACAAGGCAAACUUACUCGUUCUCAGAACUUAGAGGCUAGAAUUCAGUGAUUUUCCCAAAGAAAAAACACUGGUAAAGAUCGGUUAGCGUUUACAGCCUGCAAUCUCCCCAGAUUUCCAGUCCAGAACUUAUAUAAGAAUUGCAUUGUCGCUAACGUAGUUUGUAUUGGUUUAUAUUGAAUAGCCUCAAUUUCAAACUUAAGUGCUCCCGGUCUAGUCACAGGUUAGACUAAGUGAAAAACGUCCUUACACAACCUAUAAACACAUGAUGGUGAUGACGACUUUAUAUCGCCAUCAACAAAGCUUCGGAUAGUGGCUGUUACAUGAAGCGCACUGAAACGUAAUUAUCUUCAUAUUAACUUGCUCCUUCCUUUCUCUCUUCUAGACGCUUUUCAGUCAAGAAAUGUGCUGGUUGCAAUCAAGGCAUCUCAAGCAAAGAACUUGUAAUGCGCGCCCGCGAUCAAGUUUACCAUAUCAGCUGUUUUUCCUGUGAACGCUGCAAGAGAAUUUUGUCUACAGGAGAAUACUUCGGCAUGCGCGGACUGAGAAUAUUUUGCAAAGCAGACUAUGAAGUAUUGCUCCGAGAAGAAGCCCAUGCUAUGAAAUCUACACUCGGUUCCUCUUCGGGGAAAGGCCGGCCAAGGAAAAAGAAAAUAUCCAUGCCCCUUGAAGGCGUAACAGCUUUAUCAGGUGAUGCUUUGGCGAACAAAAGCGCUGAUUACUCUAAACUGGCUCGCAAUAUAAGGUGCUAAUCACCCUUAUUAGCUUUGCGUAUGGUUCGUAACUUUUGUUUUCAUUAUGUCUUGUGUUGGCAGCUUUCUGUGUUGUAUUGUGUUUAUGGAUGGUGAUUUGGAAUAAUGAUUGAGAUUGUGUUGAAGACGAAAACAACUUUUCUUGUUACAUUUGGGCAUUACAUUCCUUCUCAUAAGCUUAAACAAAAUUUAAAAAUAAACCAAAUACGGUGUUCCAGUUGGAAAUUUUAAUGUUCAAGGAGAGAUAGCUGGUGCAAUACAUCAUAUUGUAUGAGUAGUUGAUAUUUCUUGAAGCUUUUGAUUCGUCAUGGCGUCAUCUUGACUACCUAAUGAAUAGAACCUUUUAGUCUACAAAUUAAGAUGGCUAAUCCAGACUUUUUAAAGAUUUUUCUUGAUGGAUUUGCGCACUGAUCAACUAUAACCCUGACUGUGUUCCUGUGUGUCUUUAAUCAGUGGGCUGCUGCUGUAGUUUUUUCAAGAAUUUUCAAUCACUUUCGAAUUUUACAGUACCCGUUGGUACGUUAUAGGUAAUUGAACAACAAAAGGAACGACUCUUAUGAGCUAAAUGGAAUUUCUGUUCAAUAUGUAGACUGCGAAAGUGUUGUCUUAUCAAAAGAACAAAUAACACACUUUACACCUGCAAGAACUAGUUACCACUGACAGCUUGCCGCCUUUAUUUUAAUACUGUUAGCAUGGAAGGUAUUAAAAGCUUAAUUAUUCUUAAUAUCGUUUAAAAGGUACUUUUUAAGUGGCUUAAAAAAGGCAGCCUUGUUUAGACACACUGAAGAUGCUUGUUUCCAAUCGCGUUAAUUCUAAGUCGCUCCUCGCUAAUGCUUGAUUCUAUUUUUUGUUUAUUGUAAAAAUGUUUUUCAUAUUAACCUUAAAGAAUAGUUAUUAAUAGUUGUUAUAGUUUACCAGCGAACAGAAUUUCUAAACAGACAUGAUGCAGCUACUACUAGUGAACAUUCAAUUCACCAUACUCAGUACUAACCUAGUAUAAUUACUGCAUGACUACUGAGCGUGUCCGAAGGAAAUAACCUAGUAUAGCUGCUUCCUAGCUGAAAGGAUUUAGCGUCAAGACUUGUUUUCAGUCGGUAGCUACUGAAGUCAGGAGAGUGAUCGCCAUUAAUGCAGUUCUAAAAGUUAGAAGUUAAAAGACCUUAAACCCGCCUGGUGUAACUUGCAAUUCUUAUUCUGGCUGAAGUUUGACAGUGGGCUAGGUACAGGGAUAGUAUUUGGUAAUGCACUUUAACUCUCGUCAAAAUAGUGACAAUUUUGUUAAGAUUGUUUAUUUAUUGUCUUAACUAUUGGUUCUUUGAAGUUAUGAAUAUAUGAAAAUCAUAUAUGAGAUCUGCGGGGUGAAGAAUUGUAUGAAAGAAGAUCUGAAUUUUGUCAAGCCUUCUUUUCGCAACUGCAAAAGUUUCGUCUAUGACUGCGAUGAUCUUCUUUCAUAUAAUUAUUUGUACUUUGUCGACCUGUGAAACUCUUUUAGGUUUAUAUUCAUUAAAGAGUAUUUAAAAAGCAACGAGUAAAAACUAUUGAACACAGAUUGAUAGAUACUUUACCGGGGGGGAGGGGGGACAAGGAGUGACCCAGAUGUCCCACUUUUACGAAAUAGCACAUGGUGUGAGAAAUUACGAGAAAUUUUAGUGAAGUAUUGAACUCGGUCAAGCGCGAUGCAAGCGGAUUUUUCACGGUCCUCUUACUCGCCUCUUUCAACAAAUCAAAGUUUGGUACAUGCGCAGUAACGGGUUACUGUUGCUUUAACUUUGAUUUCACCAAGAGCGAGUGAUUCCACUAUAUUAUAUCUUGUUUGACUUUCAGGUGAACAUGGCUUGUACUUGCGGAGAACUUUUAAAGAAAAAUAUCAUUAAAAGGUUAUCAGACAACAGACAUCGACUGAAACUUGAGUCAGCUUUAGUAAAUAAACAGUUUUAAAAGUACUAGAUCAUAGCCAAAAUCCUUGUUUGUGGCGUCAAUAAUACAAAUGUUUCUUUCGAAAUUAAUACUUAGGACAACCAGGCAAUGAUUUUAGCUUCAGUUGGUUUUACACUCACGUACUAUGCUUGUAUCUAUCCAUUUUUUAGGUUUCACAAUUUCUGAAGCAGAGAGUCAUCUUGGUCAGCACAAUGGGGACAGCAAGCCUAAACGCAUGCGCACGUCAUUCAAGCAUCAUCAGCUUAGAGCAAUGAAAGCAUACUUUGCAAUGAAUCACAACCCAGACGCAAAAGACUUAAAGCAACUCUCACAAAAAACCGGCCUCUCGAAACGAGUUUUACAAGUUUGGUUUCAAAACGCUCGUGCAAAAUAUCGCAGGACGGUUUGCAAUCCGCAAGCACAGGAUUUGUCGCCAGAAUCUCAGGACCAGGCCUCCCCGGUCAGCUCGAUUUUAGAAGUUGGAAUAUUGUGA